UGGGGGUGCUCGAGGCACAGCGCUCGCCAAACCCUUUCAGCCCUUGCCCGUCCGUGGUAAACGGGAGAUAUUUCCCCUUCUAUUAUUCAGAGAACACCAACCUCCCCUCCGGCGGGUCUAAGCUCACAUUCGAGCCUUCAUCCCUUUCUCGCCAACGUUGCAAUGGAACACCACAUCUUCGCCCAGUUACCCUCGGCGUACGUCGUGUUGGACAGCGAGUACCGAAUUCUGGCAGCCACAGAGGGCUUCUUGACGGUUCUCUCUUUGGAAGGAGUUACGAGUACUAGAGAGGAGCUAAUCGGCACAAGCUUGUUCCAGCACGGCCGCUUGAAAGAGGAAGAGAACGCCCGCAAUCUCAGGAGGAUUUUGGACAGAGCCCUCGCCACCGGCCUGAAAGAAGGCUCUGCGCAUACAGGUCGCUCGGAAGACCCGCUUAACGGGCAUAUUUGGGAGUCGACUUGGACGACCGAAGCUCGACCCACCACUUGGGGCAAUCAACCAGCCAUCAUGUAUCACCUGUCCGAAAGCAAGACGAGGAGGAUUCACAGUAAGAGUUUCGACGAGAGAUUCAAGUCCGCCGAGCUUCUUCAGUUGCUCGUCAACAGCAUUCGUGACUACGCUAUUUUCAUGCUCGACUCCAGCGGCCAUGUUAUGACUUGGAACCCGGGAGCUCGACGUUUGAAGCUGUACAGCGAGGACGAAGUAGUGGGCAAGCACUUCAGCCUAUUUUACACACCCGAAGACAUCGCUAGCGGGAAACCAGAUCAUGAGCUUUACAAAGCGCGAACGGAAGGAACCGCCGAAGACGAAUAUUGGCGAGUCAGAAAGGAUGGUUCUCGCUUUUGGGCCAGUGUCUUGAUUACGGCCGUCCACAACGAUGACGGCGUGUUGAUAGGGUAUGCGAAGGUGACGCGCGACCUGACAGAAAGAAAAAUGUCGGAGCAGCGGCUCGUCGCUGUCUAUGAAGAGUCUGCGAAACUGAAGUCCGAUCUUCUUGCAAACAUGAGCCACGAAAUCCGGACACCGAUGAACGGAUCUCUAGCAGCUGCCGCGCUACUAGCCGAAACACCGCUAAACGAUGAGCAACGGAACCUUUUGUCCUUGAUGACAGAAUCUGGGACCACACUGCUGCGGGUCAUCAAUGAUAUUCUAGAUUAUUCAAAGAUAGAGGCGCAACGCAUCCAGAUCUUACCGGUGGUCUUCUCGCCCAUCCCGACAAUCGAGGAGAUUGUACGAGGAUAUGAAUUGCGCAUGCCGAAAGAUACAUACAUGUAUCUAGAGGUGGGGAUGGGGGUUCCAAAGUACAUUCUCGGCGAUUCCGUCCGUUUCCGUCAAAUCGUCGUGAACUUGAUUGACAAUGCGUUUAAGUUUACGGAAAAGGGAGCGAUCACCGUUUACAUCGAGUAUGAUCCCAUACAAAAUCAGGAGCCUAGCAGCCCCGUCGCCGAAUCCAAAAUGCAUUCAGGAAAGAUAUCAGUGACCGUGAAGGAUACUGGGAUAGGGAUGAGUGAGGAGACCAUCGGCAAGCUCUUCAUGCCGUUCUCGCAGGCGGAUCUCAGCUCGAAGAAGCGAUAUCAGGGGACGGGGUUAGGCCUGUCCAUCAGUCGACAACUUACGAUUUUGAUGGGUGGAAGCCUCACCGUCAAGAGCACUCUCGGAGAAGGCUCGACUUUCUUCUUAGAACUGCCUUUCCCCGCAUCGCGAGCGCCAAAUGCCGACAAAGGCACAAGCUCACUGAUGGGAGGGUCAAAUGGAGUCAACGGCAAGAACACGGAUGGUAGCUUGCAGAACGGCGUAGCCUCCAUUCUGACAACCAAACGGAUCCUUGUGGCUGAGGACAAUGAUAUCAAUCAACGCAUCGUCCGUAAGAUCCUCAAGCACAUCGGGUACGAGAAUGUCGUCAUUGCUUCCAACGGACGUAAAGCCGUCGACGUGGCUGUAGCUGCAGCCAAGGAAGGCAAACCCUUUGAUAUCGUCUUCAUGGAUAUUCACAUGCCUGUUUUGGAUGGGUACGAGGCAGCGGCCUUGUUGAAACUGUCAGAAGCAACAAAGAAAACGCCUAUCGUAGCGCUCACGGCGAACGCGCUGCUUGGCGAUCGGGACAAAUGUCUCGCCUGCGGAAUGGACGAUUAUAUCAGCAAACCCAUCGAUAUUACCCUCAUGGGUCGAUUGCUGGAAAAGUGGCUCUCACCCAAUAGAGGCGACAUGGAGAUUGAAGUGGGCGCCUUUUCAUCGGAAGCUCAAGGUGCAAGUCCGACAAGUCCGAUGGACCAAACCUCUCCAGUUCGCACAGCGACAGCAUAGGAUGAAUACGUCCCGCUUUCGGUCAGAGACGCCGUCUUCCACCACGGAACUAUAUCGCCCGCCCACUACAUCCCUCGAUACAGUGAACGAAGAAUGGCUGCCGCCAGCACUGGACAAUUUUCACUGAAUGCCCCACUCGCCGCGUGGCAGCGCUCCAGGAGACGUUUUUUCCCCAUCAUGCGGAAGAUGGACAACGCCUCAUAGAGGUCUCCA